ACAAGAUAGUGAAACAGGCUGGUGAGCUGAAAAAUGCCCAUGUUUGUGAAGUGGGCCCUGGGCCAGGAGGAAUUACCAGAUCCAUUCUCAGUGCUGGUGUUGAACAACUCCUUUUAAUUGAAAAAGAUGCUCGAUUUAUUCCAGGAUUGCAGAUGCUAUCUGAAGCAGCUCCAGGAAAGGUGUGCAUCGUUCAUGGAGAUAUCCUGACCUAUAAGAUGGAGAAGGCUUUUCCAAAGCACUUAAAAAAAAGCUGGGAUGAUGAACCACCAGAUAUACAUGUCAUUGGGAAUCUGCCCUUCAGUGUUUCAACUCCUCUGAUCAUCAAGUGGCUUGAGAAUGUUUCAAAAAGGGAUGGACCUUUUAUUUAUGGCAGGACACAGAUGACGCUGACUUUUCAAAAGGAAGUUGGGGAGAGACUUACAGCUAAUCCAGGAAGUAGCCAACGCAGCAGACUGUCCAUCAUGGCUCAGCAUCUCUGCACUGUGGAAAACUGUUUCAUAAUUCCAGGUCAAGCUUUUGUUCCAAAGCCAGAGGUGGAUGUGGCUGUGGUGCAUUUCACUCCAUUGGUGCAACCAAAGAUACAGCAGCCAUUUGAGCUGGUAGAAAAAGUGGUUCAAAGUGUUUUUCAGUUUAGAAGAAAAUACUGCUUUCGUGGAAUUGAGACCUUGUUUCCUGAAAAGGGGCGCUUGAAAAGAACAGAACGGCUGAUGAUGACAGCAAAUGUUGAUCCAACUCUGCGUCCUUUUCAGCUCUCUAUGUCACAGUUUAGAAACCUGUGCAAUGCAUACAGGAAAAUGUGUGAUGAAGACCCAAGCCUUUUUGUGUUCAACUACAGAGAAGAACUGCGGCAAAAGAAGAUGACAAGAAGUUUACUUGGAAGUACUGGUCAGCCUGAACAGACUGAAGAGGAAAAUCAGCUGUGACAGCACAAUUCUCGUUUUUUUAAACUAGUUUUAACUCCUUGAUCUACAGGUGUUGACUCAGUCAAAGAAGGUUUAGAUGGUCCUACAUCUGUGCAGAUAUGAAAGACUUACUUUUGAGAAAGUGGUAGAGAGAGAAGGCAUCUCUCUAUUCCAUUCAUCUGCAGACAAAAGGGAAAGGACAAUCCAGGGAUUUUUUUACUUCAGGGAAAUGGCUAGAACACAUACCGAGAAACAAGGUGCGUUGUGAGACAGUAAUUAAGUUGCAAUAAGUCUGAUAUAAUUGAAUUCUGUUUGAAUGAAAGUGCUUUACUGAAAUUGAAGAAAAAUACUUUUCAGAUAUCAGCACAUAAGAUAGUGUUGGGUUUUUGUGCUUUUUUUAUCCUGGAACAUCCUACUGUGCGGAAUAACUUAAAAAACAGAAGCCAAGAUUCUUAUAAAUACACUCAAGUGACUGGCUUACGGGAGGAUAAAGUGCACCAAUUGCCUCAAGGUCUGCUAAUACUCUUCUCAUUUAUGCAGAAGCAAAGAAUUUGGGACUUAAAGCUCCAGUUACAGAAAAGCAGCACAAUAAAAAGUAGAAAACAUGGCUAAGUACAAUACUUAUUUGUCUUUUACUGUACAGGCUCAUAGAGAAAAUAAAAAAUACAGUCAAAUAAAAGAUUACAGGCCAA